AUGGAGUCUUACAAGGAGCUCACUUGUGAGUUUUUGGCUUCGAUGAGGUACCACAUGUAUGAUGAGCUCGAUCGAGCUGAUUUGGACCAAGGCUGGGAUGGAUCACGAACUAUGGAACAUCAAGGAAAUGAACUCCAAAGAGUUUGGGCUACAAUCGCUGAGAGGGAGUACUCUUCCUCAAGGUCCAAGGCUGCUCAGAUCAGGAGUCCUGUGUUGAGAUAUGUCCACAAGGCACUUGCCAACACCUUCUUUGCAAGGAAAGCCACUGGACAAUCAAUGAAGGGAGAAGUAAGCUCCUUGACAUGGGAAUCAAGCCCAUCAUCUCACGCACAAGGGAUGGGAAGAGAUCAGAGGAGACAGGCACGCAGGAACUCAUGCCCUCCUUGA